CAGACAUAACCUUUAGGAACAAAGUGUUUAUUUGUAGUCCUAAUUUGCAGGAGGACUGCAAAGCUGUAUUUACCGUGUACACUUGUUCAAACGUCCUUCAUGGGUCUGUUGUGUCACAAAAACCUGAAGAUCCAGUUUGUGAGCGGCCGAGCAGCAUAAGAGCUCAGGACACUUCAGAUCCUCACAGAUCUGACUCGCAGCUGCUGAGGAACACAGGAUGGCUCAUUAUAAUCCAUCCUUAUCAUCUCCAUCAGACGAGGUCAAUCUGGGUGUGUCGGUCAAUCCUCAUGCCAAACCCACUGACUUUGACUUUCUGGCUGUGAUUGGUAAAGGAACAUUUGGGAAGGUGCUCUUAGCAAAACUGAAAGCUGAUGGAAACUUCUAUGCCGUGAAAGUUUUGCAAAAGAAAGUUAUAUUGAAGAAAAAAGAGCAAAAGAAUAUAAUGGCAGAGAGGAACGUGCUGCUCAAGAGUCUGAAACACCCUUUUCUGGUCGGGCUGCACUACUCCUUUCAGACCACGGAGAAGCUGUAUUUUGUCCUGGAUUACGUCAACGGUGGAGAG